AUGAUGUCUGGAGCUUACAGAGGUGAAACAGAUGCCGCGUGGAUAGUAAAAGAACACGAUGAAGCAAAAUAUAAUUUUAGCGAUGAGAAAGGUAUGUGGCAACCCAAACCUGAGGACAUUCUGUCCUUGUUUGAGAAGCUGGCACAGGGAAAUCCACUCCCCCUGAAGUGGACAUGUCCAGGACGCCGGCCCCCAGAGAAGGAUGUCCAGUCAGAGAAAAACAAUGAAGAUGAAAUGGAUGAAAGUGGUAAUGAUUCAUGGAAGGAAGAUCUCAAGGCUCCUGAAGUCAGUGCUUUUGACUUUGAUGAACCGUUUGGUGAUGUGAACGUCAAGCUCAUCCCUAAAAGAGCCCCAGGUGGUGUAGGUCGUACUCCAAAAACUGAGAAGAGAGUUGCCAGAAUGGACAACAUUAUGAAAUCACUACAAAAGCAACAGCUGCAGAGAGCUGCUGAGCGUGAGGCCCGUAAAGCGAAAGGUUCUCCUUCAAGUACUCCAGUAAGACCAAGGCUGCUCAACUUUGGCUCUGGCAGCCCUAAAAAUGUCACACCCAUUGGAGCCACAUUAAAAUCGGCUCCUCAGACUAGCUCUGCAUCAUCACCCAGAUUUGGCAGAGACGUUAACUCAUUCUCUUCGAGCCCACUUCUGAGCAAAAGUCCUUCUAUGACGUCUGUGCCUGCAGCAAGAAAAAUGAUACCCCAGCCGAACACUACAACACAGAUUUCAACCUCUGAGCUGAGAGCACCAGAAAUAUCUGAUCUGCUGUCAAGUACUUCUACAAAUUCUUCACACGGAAUAUCUUUCAGCUUGGCAGGACAGUUCACAACAGCUGUAGGUCAAAUUGAAAGCGGGGUCUCCAUAGAUGAUACGUCUGCUGUAUCAACACAGUCAAAGAUAAUUUCCGUAUCAUCUUCAUCUUUUAACAACAGUUUUGCCAGAGCUAGUACGCCCGCACCGGCUAUGUCUUCAAAUGUUACUGUUACAAGUUCAGUAGUUACUGCUCCAAGCAUAAGCUCAAACCUGGACAAGGAAUACACACCAACUGCUGGUAUUACCACUAUACAUUCUAGCCAACCUUUUGCCUCAUUGCCAACCACGGCAUCCGUAUCCACAGUUGCCCCAACCACAUCUGCCAACUCAAGUGCAAAUGUGACAUCCGCAUCAGAGACAAAUCCAGUGAAUCUAGCAGAAGCAUCGGGUGCAUCCACCUCAGUUGUAGUCAGUUAUGUUGAUUCAGGGAUGAGUCUAGCUACCACAUGUUUGGACACAACUGUCAACAACCACUUGGUCAACCUCACAGAAUCGGUCACCCUGUCUGCCCCUGGUGAUCCUGAUGUUCAACACUCUGCUGAUGCUGUCUGA